AUGUCGGACUCGAACGACGGGAUGUGGUUCUCUCGAGAUGAACUCGCUGGCAUGGACUCUACCAUUCUCGACUCGCUUCAGUCUCGAGAUGGUAUUGAAGAUGGCGCUGAGGGAAAGCUGCAAUAUCGCGUCACAUUUGGCGAAGCUCUGGCGAUGCAAAUGCUUGGGAGCGUCCAGACAAGUGCGUCGAGAAGGAGAUACCAAGUCGCGUAUCGGCGCCGCUUUCCGGAGAAUGUCGCCAGGCUCAAUCGAAUUAUCUCACUCCGAGAUGAGAUCGCUCGGAUUUUGGGAUUUACGAGCCACGCUUCCAUCAAAAUGGAGGAAAAGAUGGCUCGGGAUUUCGACGAGGUUCAGGAAGCCCUCAGGGCUCUCGCGACGGGGCUGUCUCCUGUUGCCAAAGCCGAAGACUGGGAGCUGCAGCAGCACAUAAAAUGCGAGGAGCCCGGGUCGAGCAGCACACUUGUUGCUGACUGGGAUAGGAGGUUCUAUACUAACAAGUUCAACGCCAGUAGGCGCAAGCUGGUUGAAGGCAAGUUGGCCGAGUAUUUCGAGAUGGGCCACACCUGGGAUAAGAUUCUGCAGGUUUAUGAGAGGCUGUUCGACAUGCACUUCUGUGAGCUUACUGGCAAGGUCGAGACCUGGCACGAUAGUGUCCGGGUAUAUUCUGCGUGGGAGACUUGCGGCGUCGAUCGUGAGUUCUUGGGAUACCUCUACGUCGAUUUGUACGAGAGGGAAGGCAAGUAUCGCAACGCGCACACGAUGGGAAUCGAGCCUAGCUACAUUACUGCCGAUGGCUCCCACAAUUGCGCGGCGGUGGCGCUGAUAUGCAGCUUCCCCAACGCGUCGCCGACGAAACCCAGCCUCUUGAGGCAUCUUCAUAUGCGCAUCAUCGUCCACGAGAUGGGCCACUGCAUCCACAAGCUUGUAUCAAAGACGAAAUAUGCUCUGUCGCAUUCGAGAGAUUUCGUGGAAAUCCCGAGCCGGGUCAUGGAGUAUCUGACUUGGCAGCCAGACUUUUUGCAAAGCGUCGCGAGACAUUAUACGUGUGUAGGCAACAACACCGGAGAUGGCGAGACGGAUGGAAAGCUGCCAGAAGACAUGUUGGAAGCUCUGUUGAACAGUAGGGGCAACUUCCGCGCCAGCGGAACGAUGGCAGCGAUCCACCGGGCCGUGUUCGACCUCGACAUUCACUCCCCGGCAAGCCACGAGGCGGCCGUCGAGAUGGAUACGACCAUGCUGUGGAAUACCUCGAGGAGAGAUAUGGGCUGCCAAGGCAGCGACCCCGCAGACUGGGGGUGGGAGCAGGCUGCGUUUGGCGCCAUCUUCAGAAACUAUGAUGCCGGCUACUUUGGGUACACGACUUCUGAUGCAUACGCUGCGGACAUGUUUGCCACAGUCUUUGGGGGUAGCCUCGAAGACGGGGACAAGAUGCGGCUGUUCCGGAAGAAGGUCUUGGAGGUCGGCUCCAGCGUGUCGGAGAUUCAGAUCGUGGAGGGCUUCUUGGGGAGGAAGCUCGAUGUGGGCGCUCUGUUGCGGGAGAUUAUCGGACAGUCGUGCGCGAGGCUAGAGGACUGA